AAUUCAACUUAGCUUAAUUGCCCACUCGCCAGCUUCGUUGUGGACGUCAUCAGACACAGAAGCUACUCCAAACCUUAAGAUCGAGCAACGCAAACAAAUCCUACCCGUGCACGGUUGAAUUCCACCAAGAAGCCAGCUAAAGUACCGUUUCAUCCGUCGGCAGUUUAAGCACAAAAUUGGUCCGGUUGGAGCUCGUGACAGCUUCCGGCGAAGGUCAUUUUUCUCUGUUCGAUGACACUCCGAUCGUGUGCGUCCUGUGGGUUAUGUUUUCCCUGUAAGUCCCGAGCUCCGGAGGCUAGCAUGAUCGCUUGAAACCCCCAAAACUCUCUGGACAGUGUCAAUUAUCGUAUCGUCUAGCGAAUCCCCCCCGAAAAUUUCACCCCCAACCCUUAACGGAUGUCACAGUUUGGGGCGACCCCCAAACGACAUCCGCUCGGGUCCAUAAACAUCGUACCCCAUCGAUGGGGUGGAUAUUCUCCAAAUGAUCCGCGUUCGAUCGUUCGCUAGAAACGUAGUACGAGCUUUCACGCAGAGCUAAAACAAACUCGAAAUGAAGAAAAAACGGCAAAGAAACGGUUAGUUUCGUUGACCCCAAGAAAGCCCAAGGGGGAGUCCGGGGACGAAAGCUCUCGCGUCCGAUUGCUCUGGGGGGAAGGGGUGGGGGGGUUUGGGAUGUUGGGCCGUGGGUGAAUUGGAUAAGUGCAGGUAGAUGGUUCGAGGCCACCCUCCAGCCGGGAAGGGUGGAACCAUCUCCUCGGUAACCUGUUCGAGGUGAACCGGGAGGAUGUGAUUCUUUGCUUCUCUGUCUCUUGUGGAGGGUUUUGACGUACUUGUCUAUGCUUUCUCUUGCUAGAUGAUCUCUAGCAAGUGGUAUUGAUAUUUCAUCGUUUUCCUGAAGCCUCUCGAUUGACCCUACGCGUGAGAUGUUUUGGGCGGGACAGCUGAGUCUGAGUUAAGAGGGGACAGGAGGAGAGCGCGAUGACUGUGAGCCAUGCUGAGUAUAGAACGCGUUGUGAAAGUCGUAGGAUGUUGGGGCACAGUGAGUGACGAAUGCAACGCAUCACAAUUCUUUCAUAUUGAAUCGAUCUUCCAGUGAGAGUGCCAUGGUCAAUUAGGAAUCGUGUUGGGAAAAAUAGAAUGAAAUUUAAUAAAAAUUAUGAUACAUUAAAUAGAAAAAAUAAUAUGCCGAGAACAAUUGUUCAACACUGUACAUAGGGACGGACCUGGACGCCGCAGUACAUAAGGAAACCAGAAUGGAAACCCUCCUCCCCUAGAGGAACCCUUUCCCGCAGAAUUGCACGUGGGAAUCCAGAUUUUAUGAUGAUUGCUUCAGACUGGCCCCACGAAGAUAGCGUUUUGAGCACGAGAGUGAGUGAGAGAGAGCGAGUAGGAUACGGUCGGCGAUCGGAUGGACGUUCUUCCCGGGGAACGGGAUAAACAACCAAUUCUGCAAUUCGACCCGGGUUGGAUGCUUGUGGUCCACCGUUAGAACCUUCACUCGAAAUCAGGCUGCGCUCGGAGCAGCAUCUCAGUGGGGCUGAAACAGUGAGCGAUCCUGACCGUGUGUCUAUACGAGCAUACUGUGCGAUUUGUGUAACUCGCUUCCCGAUCAUGGGUACCUAUUGGAGCGGACGUUCGGUGACCCUUUGGCUUCUGCUGGUCGCAACAGUGGUACGAAUCGAUUCUCUGCCCAUUACGAGCCUUCUCGACGACGACAGUGAUUAUGACGAUAGCUUCGAGAACGAUUACGAUCUAGUGUUUGAUCAGCGCCAGAACGGAACGGCUAACGUGCGCGUAUCGGUGGAUGGUGUUAUGGUGGCAUUGCCAGCACCAGACAUGUCUCCAUCGGCAACCCUUGCCGGAGCGACCCUGUUGGAUCUGUUUGCAUCGCAACUGUCGGCAGCUGGCGAGGGCGGAGAGGACGACAGUUCGGAGGAAACGUACGGUACCAUAUCGGGAUCGGCAUCUUCUUCUGCUGCCAGCGCGACAGGAGCAAGUUCCACCACUUCUACUACCGUCGCUCCCACCACCAGCACCACAACGGCUACGGUGGUGGCAUCCGAUCCGCUGCUCGCCAGUGACUUCCCUUAUCAAGGGCUGUCCGCCAAUCUGCCCGCCAGCUUGCUCGGCCAGGGCCUAUCGUUCUUCUUCAAUCCGAAGCGGGGUGAGAUUCCGUUCCGUCUCAACACGGCGCCCGAAUCCACGAAUCCGGCCAUCCCGAUACUUAUAACGAAGCUGGACAAAGCGCCCGCUGCUCGUGAUCCGGAGGCGAACGGAUCGAAUGAGGAUAGCCGCGAGAUUGCAGCAUCACAAGAAACGCCCAAACAGCAGCAUGCGGGCAAGAAGAAGCGUAAGCAUAAGCGAAAGUACAAGGUGCGCCUUGCCAACUUGUUGAGACCGUUGCUGAAGCGUACCGUGCUGGUUCAGUAACGGCUUCCCGGGCUUUCCGUGGCUUCCGUUGUGAUAAGUUCGUUGAGAAAAAAAUGGGAAAUUACUUGACUGAGAACGCAAGCGACUGGAUAGGGAGAAGUUGGUAGCAAGCAUGGGAAAAGGACACACCUUACCGCGAAGGAACGUUCGCUUGGCUCAACUAAUCUAAUAGCAAAGUAAGAAACAUGCAUUUAUGAUAACUUAAAUAAAAGCUCGUAAAUUAAGGUAAUAUAAAUGUAGUUAAAUUA